UGUAAACGAUGGGAGGAGAUCCUAAGAUUCUAAGCAUUCAAAGACUUCUAAGAGGCCUAAGAGGCCUAAGUGAGUAAGAGAUCGUGCACGACUGAACGCGACUGAACGCUUCAAAGUUUGUUGUAUGUAGUGUAGAGCAUGGCUCAUUUGAGUCUGAACCAUUAUUUGCUACAGAUCGAGAGUGCUUGGCGAAACAAGGAUGGAACUACCCUGUCGGAUUAUCUUUCUUUCCGACAUGGCCAUGUUGCUAGCAGCAAAUUGAAACUUGAAAACCCAGAAUCUGCUGUAGAAAGAGUACUGGAACCUCCACUUGAUGAAAUAGUAGCUGCCCAUUUGAGGAGCGUAUGGGCAGUGAAUAAUCAAGAUUUUGUUGAAGCGUAUCGUUGCCAGACUCUUGUAGUUCAGUCGCUUACGAAGUUGCUUCAGUCACAGAGAGACGAGAAUUGGUCUUUACCAAUUAUGUAUACAGUAUGUCUUGAUCUGAGGCUGAUGGCUCUGAAGGCUGACCGCUCGUUAACUGCUAAAGGAAUAGGACGACCAAAAGAAACUUUAGAAAAGGCCGCUGAAUGCUUAAUGGGCUGCUUCAGAGUCUGUGCGGCUGACAACCGUUCCUCGGAGGACUGCACAAAGAGAUGGGGAAUGUUAGCAUUAGUAAAUCAGCUGUUUAAAGUUUACUUUCGAAUCAACAAGCUCCACCUCUGCAAGCCUUUAAUUAGAGCUAUUGACUCAUCUCCCUUCAAAGAUCAUUUUACUCUUGGCCAGAGAGUGACAUAUCGCUUCUAUGUUGGACGUAAGGCAAUGUUCGACAGUGAUUAUAAAGCUGCUGAACAAUUCUUGUCUUUCGCCUUUGAAAGAUGUCAUAAACAAUGUUGGAGAAACAAAAGACUGAUUCUGACAUAUUUGGUCCCUGUGAAGAUGCUCCUUGGUUAUAUGCCAAGUGAAGCGGUACUUGAGAAGUACGACCUCACUCAGUUUGUCGAAGUUGUUGCGGCAGUCAAACAAGGGAAUAUUCUGCAGCUCAACAAAGCAAUUCAGCUGCAUGAAAUAUUUUUCAUUAAAUGUGGCAUAUAUCUUCUUCUGGAGAAACUCAAAAUCAUCACCUUCAGGAAUUUAUUCAAGAAAGUCCACCUGUUGAUGAAGACACAUCAGAUACCAAUAGAGGCUCUGUUAUCAGCUUUGAAGUACAAUGAACUGAAGGAUAUAGAUCUGGAUGAAACACAGUGCAUCGUUUCCAAUCUUAUAUUUGAAGGGAAGAUAAAAGGUUACAUUUCUCACCAACAUAAAAAGUUGGUUGUCAGUAAGCAGAAUGCAUUUCCAGGUCUCACUACAUUGAGUUAGAAGGGUACGUGUGAAGUAUGUGCUUUUGCAUAUGCCAUCGGCCGUUACGAGCUCAUGCCUUUGUUCAUAGGGGAUGUUUCUCGAAGAUCUGUUGUCUUGGUGGUUGGUAGUGCAUGACAAAGUACUCAUGUCAAAUGCCUGCACCCAGGUGUACUGAGAGGGGGGGCACAGAAGGAGGCGAAAUGUCCAUAAGAUUUGGAGGAAAGAUGGCAAGUCCCUGACUGUAAUGUUACGAAACAUUACUACAUGCAAUAACAAUUACAUACUCUGAAAAAGAGUAAUCUGUGACAUAAUUAUCUGACAAGUAAACAAAAAUAAUUUAGACAAACUAUAGCUACGUUCACAAUGCAGAUAAAUGUUUUUAUGCUGCACUUCAGUGACUGGUGCAAACUGCACGACAUAUUGCAUGGGUUGCAACUGACCUGACAUGCCUACAGCAGGACUUUCAUACAAGUUCAGUAUGUCACUCUAUGACACUGUAUUCUGAAUGCGAUUCCCAAGAAAAGAAUUCAAAGAACAUGGUUUUUGCAAGUUCUGUCUUCUGGAUGUCACCUCUAUCUUCAAGAUUAAAGAGCAACUUGAGUUGGUUUCUUCCUCAUCUUUCUCUUCAAUCCCGAAGAUGGAAGUGACAAGUUCCUUUGAAACAUCGGUUGACUUUCAGUAGACUAUGCAUCAUCAUGUCCCAGAAGACAGAACUCCUCAUAAUUGCCAUUUGAAAACCCCAAAUCUUACAUGAUUUUUCACUCAUAUGUUUAAUAUUCUGUCAAUUCCCUGAAUUUCCAUACAUUUUAGUUUCUUUAUUAUGGCUAAAUUUCUUAUACAAGUACUGCAAUUCUUUGACUUACGGCAGUCAUUGUCUUGUCUUUGGUGGGGAAUGUGAUUUUAUUCUUGUAUGCUUACACAGUGAGGGGGUAUGCAGUAGUGUAGUUGGUUGAGGCACUAUGCUACAAACCGGAAGGUCGUGGGAUCGGAUCCUGAUGAGGUCAUUG